AAUGAAAUGAAAUGAAAUGAAAUGAAAUGAAAUGAAAUGCUGCCCCGGCCACCUCUGAGAGAAGUGAGACCCUGUGAGCGCCCUGGGCCCGGCUGUGGGCACUGUGGAAAUCAUCUCAAGAUGAGAGGUGCUUGUGCCAAGCAGGGCCUCCUGUGAGGAGAGGUAAUAUCCCGGGUGCCCUCACUGUCUGCAUCCCAAUCCUGCCCCACGCAUCCCCUGAAUGGGCACCUGCCCUUGGGUGCUGGAGCAGACAUGGGGUGACAAACAGGUGAGCGUGGUGAGAGCACUGGAGGAUCGUGGGUUCGCUAUGGAUGGACCGUGGGGAUCAUGGAUCAAAGGGGGGAGCGUGGAGUAAGCAAGAGGGUGCUGGAGCAAACAGCGGGUGACAAUGAGAAGACGAAGGGCAGACAGUGGCAUUUCUGUCAGGUGUCCAUGCGCAGACGACAGGAGUAAUAUGAGCGGAACACGGAGUGAGAAAGGGAUGAUAAAGAGUUGAGCAUGGUGCGAGGACAGUGAAACCGCGUGGCAACCACUGAGCGAGCGUGGCAAUGUCAUGGAGGGAGCACGGGGCCACCCGUGGGGCUCAGGCAGUGGUGGAGCACUGGGAGCGAUACGGCUGUUCCCAGGCAGAGCAGCGGCAGCGAGCAUUCCUCGGAGCAGACAGACAGACAGACACACAGACGGACGGCACGCAGGACGGCGCCGUCACGCCAGGGCUGAUCGAGCGUUUUUCCAGUGGAGCGCUACAGUUGAGUGCCGCUUCCUCAAUGGCACCGAGCGGACGAGGUUUCUGGUGAGGCACGUCUACAACCGGCAGCAGUACGUGCACUUCGACAGCGACGUCGGUCUCUUCGUGGCCGACACGGUCCUGGGAGAGCCUUCUGCUCGGCUCUUCAACAGCCAGCCGGACGUGCUGGAGAAGAACAGGGCUGCGGUGGAAAUGCUCUGCAACUACAACCACGAGACAGUGGCCCCUGUGACGCUGCGGAAGAGAGAGCCCAAGGUGAGGAUCUGUGCGCUGCAGUCGGGCUCCCAGCCCCAAAGCGACCGGCUGGCUUGCUACGUGACGGGCUUCUACCCACCCGAGAUCGAAGUGAAGUGGUUCCAGAAUGGGCGGGAGGAGACGGAGCGCGUCGUGUCCACGGACGUGAUCCAGAACGGGGACUGGACCUACCAGGUGCUGGUGCUGCUGGAGACCAGCCCACGGCACGGGGACAGCUACGCGUGCCGGGUGGAGCACACCAGCCUGCGGCAGCCCAUCGGCCAGCCCUGGGAGCCGCUGGUGGAUGUGGGCAGGAGCAAGCUGCUGGUGGGCAUCGGGGGCUUGGUGGUGGGGCUCGUCUACCUGGCGCUGGGGCUCUUCCUCUUCCUGCACACUAAGAAAGUUUCAGGGCACCCCGAUCCAACCACUCCAGGGAUCCUCAACUAGCAGCUGCUGCUCCACCAGCAUGUCCUGCGCUCCCCAGCCAGGAGCUAGAGUUUCCCUUUGUGUUGUCACCGCGUUCCCUGCUGCCCCUGCACAGCCUGCUCUGUCCCCUUCUCAAUUAGAACUCGCUGAGCUGUUGACUCCGUGGUCCUUCCCCUUCCUUACUGUGGUCACCCAAUGACACCCCACCGUGGUCACCCAGUGGUCACCUCUUUGUCACCCCAUCACCCAUCACAACACCAUCUUUGCCUCAUAUGACCCACAGGGUUACCCGUGCUCACCCCACACUGGCCAGACUUUCCCCUUCCGAUCCCUUCACUCUCAAGCCAUUUUUCCCCCUGAGACUCCUUCCUAGCAACCCUGUGGUCACCCGAUGUUGCCACCGUGUUCUCAGCAUGCCAACCCAUGUCCUCACCAUCAUUACCCCGCGGUCAUCCCGGAGACACACAUUCUGCACCCACUUUCUCACCCAUCUCCUGGCUGUGUUACGCUUAGGCCGUGACACCUGGCGAUCACUCGGUGUUCCCAUCG